CCAUUAGCUGAAUUAGCUCAGCAGUGUUGUUGGGGCUGGACGAUUUAAAAUAUUGAUACAUGAACCCGCCCGUGUUCUACUCUUUGUGAAUAUUAAAUAAAAACUAAGAGCUGGAGGGCCUGAGCUUAAAUCCGGGAUGUGCUCGGUCGUCGGCUGUGAAUCGGGGCGUCGCGGUGCGCAACGGUUGAAGUUACCGGAGGAUCCGGAGAGGAGACUGGAGUGGGUCCAGUUUCUCGCCACAGUCAAUAAGCAGCGUUUUAAAGAGUCGUCCUGGACGGACAUUACAAUCUGUAUCGAACACUUUACAGAUGAAUGUUUUGAAAACCUCACACCGAGCCAUUCAGGCAAGACUGGCAAGGUCCAGCUAACAUUAAAGCCCAGUGCGGUCCCAUCACUGUGUCUCCAGUCUGAGUCAGACGAACCUGAACCAGAUCUAGAGAGCCCAAAGUGUGUGGAGCCUGAGGAAACCAGAGGAGCUGCCUGUCAGUGUGAUCAACUUAAAACAUGUGAUGGCCCAACUUCCUAUUCAGAAGAAUCAAGACGGACUUCAAUGGUUGCCCAAGGAACCCCAGUCCCACAAGGCGUCCCAUCUUCAACUGACACUUCACAUGCUGUAGUAUCUGUACAUGGCCGGAUGCAUCCAAAAAAUAAGAAAAUGGAUUUGAUCAGGGAAAAGGCUGCGCUUCUACAGAUGAAAGGGAAGUAUGUUGUGAAUGAAAAACGCCUCCUCCAGUUGUUUAGCUGCAAGUGCCCAUUGUGUGGCUGUAAGCUUCAGAUGGAGAAGGUCACCUAUGGGGUGUUCGUCGUCUUGAACCAGCGGUGCCUUCAGUGUGAGUACAGAAACCACUGGAAAAGCCAAGUCAAUGCCAGCGUCCCGACAGCUGCGGAGCAACACUUGACAGUAGGCACAGAAGUAACUCCAGAGACCCAACAGGCAGCGCCAAAAGAUGGGGUCCCUGAGAUUGUUGCUGUUGUUGAUGAGGAAAGUGACUCCAUGGAUGAGGAGGAGUUGAGUGAGCAGGGUGACAUGGACUCAGACGAGGAUUGGAAGCCAGUGAGGGGCUUUUUCCCGGCUAGAGUGCUUCAGAAGAAACCUGAUAAUGAAACGGAGGAUGACGGGGAAGAGGAGGAAGAGGGAGAACAUGAUAAUUAUUCUCACUUUGCCCCCAAACACAGGGAGCUCUGCACAGAUUGCGGGAUGUUUUUCAACAAGCGGUGGCCUCACACGUGUGAGCACAAAAUGAAACCCUAUCCUUGCAACAUUUGUGGGAAAAGAUGUGUCAGUGAGGUCGCUCUAAUUCGCCACAGCAGAGUCCAUGAUGCAAACUAUGAGCAUCGGUGUAAAUACUGCCAUGUUACAUUCAAAACAAAGGUGGACAAAUUCAGUCACGAGCAGACCCAUCUAACUGAAGGAAAGCCUUAUAAGUGUCCCGACUGUUCAGAGACAUUUGCCUCAAAUAAGGAGCGCAGAAUACACCUUGUGGAUCACAGAGGCCCCCCGCAAUUAAAAUGUGACAUCUGUGGGAUGGAGUUCCUCUGGCCACUUACUCUGCAGAGACACUUAUCUGUGCACACGGGAGAGAAGCCGUUUAAGUGUUCGGUGUGCCAACGUGGUUUCAACCAGGCAGGCCACCUGAAAUCCCACAUGCGUCUGCACACAGGGGAGAGGCCCUACAAGUGUCAGCAUUGCGACAAGUGCUUCAAUCACAACGUGAGCUUGAAGAGUCACGUCCAGCGUUACCACACGCCGAGCUCUGGAUGUGAGCAAAAGAAGGAAAAGAUAAACGAAAGGGAAAGCGACACUGUUGAUGCUCAGGAUAAUGGGAACAAGAGCGGUGCAGAUUUAGGGCUUGACAAUGUAGAGGAAGAACAGGAUACAGAAGAGGAGGGGCAGAAUGAGAGAAUAUAUGGGACCACCAAAAAAAGGAAAACCACAGGUAGGCCCAUAGGAAGGCCAAAGAGCUAUGAAUCAGGCAACUCGGUUAUGGCAGUUAAAGAGGAAGGCCAGUGUUCAAACACAAAGACUGGAAAACCGCAAGGGCAGAAGUUGAAGAAAACAAGAGCCAGUGAUGAAGAAAGCGGCGAUGAGCCGGGCGACAGUGACAAGUCCUUUGAAACUUCAGAGGAGGGAGAGGAGAGGAGUGAGAAGGUGGCAUCGAGCACAAGCAGACCGAGGAGAAAGGCAAAGAAUUCUGACAGUGACUCUGAUUUCGACCCAGCAGAGUCAAAGAAAAAGAGGCACAGCAGCCAGAACAGUGGUAAAGGUUUAGGAAAGCGCAGGGGACGACCAAGAAAAAAAAUUUAGUGGUUUAAAAAAUUGUGAAAAGAAAAGAGCCAUAUUAAGUGGACAUUCAUACAAAACUGCACUGAUUUCCUAGAAAUGUACAUAACAUGACAGACAAAACAUGUACACCUCUUUUAAGAGAAACUAUUGCUUUGAUUUCAAAAUAUUUUUGAAUCCUGUUACCUGAUGUGUAUUCUAUGGGACCAAACUGGAUAUAAGUACAUUAAACAAGACUGAUGUUAA